AGAAAAAAUAAAAGCUAAACUUUAGCUGUUAAAGUGGUUGAUUCCAUUAAGUUGUGGCUAAAAUUUAAAUUUUAUUUCGAUUUUAUUCAGAUAAAGUUUAUAAUUUUCUAUUUUUCAAUCGUCGUGACAAUUGUCUCAAGUUUUAGAUAAUAAAGAUUACAUUUCUCUUUCGAAACACUCUUGCUUUAGUCUUGUUUCGCAUAUGCGAAAAUCAGCUGUUCCUUUGCAACUUUCCUAGUGAAACUGUAAUUGUUUAUGAUGAGUAAUUUCAUUGGACCAGUUUUACCUGACCAUCUAAAGAAUAAAGUGUCAGAAGAUGAUAAUCAACCAGAGGUGAUUGGGCCAGUAUUACCUCCAGGGUGGUCAAAAAAAGACGAGGAUCCGGAGGAAGAUGAUGGCUCGAUGAUCGGACCUGCUCUACCUCCAAACUUGGUGAAAAAACGGGGUUUAGAGGAAGACGACAUUGCUGAUAUAAAAGACAAACUCUUUGAAAAAGGAAGUAAAUCACUGAAAAAAUCGGUAGAAGACGAGAAGAAGAUAAUUGGACCUACUUUACCUCCAAAUUUUUCCAGUUCAAAAGACAAAUAUCCUGAAGCUAGGGCUGAUUUACCAAAGAAGAACUCUAGUAAUUCAAACGGGAUUAAAGACAAUAGUAACGUUGAUGAUAAUAGUGAUGAUGAUGAUGAUGAAUUCACGAUUGGACCUCUUCCUCCGAGUGGAAAUUUCAUUGAAGUUGAAGAAAGUCGACAUCAGAGAUCUCAACAAGACGAAUCAAAACCUAAAGUAAGUCUCAGAGAAGAAUGGAUCGCCUCUCUACCUGAAACAAGCUCAGUGGCUAGAAAAUUAGGUUUUGGUCAAUCAAUGACCCGAUUUGCUCAAAAACCAGUCUCAUCAAAGGAAAUUGAACCGGUGGAGCAGGAUACAGAAUUGAGCGAAUCCGUUGAUCAAUACAAUAAAAUUACAAGACCUGAUGCAUUGGUUGACAUACAUAAAAAACAGCUCACAACAAAGAAACCCGAAGAGAAACAAACGCGAUCAUUGUUCGAUUUCAACCCGGAAGAAGAUUUGAAAAUUAAACAGAUGGAUUCGCAACACGCCAAAUCAAUUGUGGAUAAAGCUAAACUUCUUAAUUCCAGAUUCGCUAAUCCUCGUGGAUCUAAUAAAUUUUUGUAACCAAUUGUACAAGAUCAAGUGUGUUUUCAUUGCAACACGAUGACAUUUGCCGAUUAUAUUUAUUGUAACAUUUAUGUAAAUUAGUAAGGAAAGCAUUGAAGCCAGUUACAAGUCGGAUGACCUGCAAGCAAAAUAUUUUUUUCAAUGAGUUGAUUGCGAUAGCAAUAGCCUGUUGAGGAGAUAUGAGAAAGAUAAGAGUUGCUCAGAAUCUCCAACAAUGAUGUAAACAAAGAGAAAUGGGUCCGAAGUAAUGGCAAUUUUUCAAACGGAAUCACUGGACAUAUCGAUAAAGAUGAAUAAAUUUAUCAAAUUUUGAUCUAACUGCGUCUAAGAAGCUGUAGAGAAACAGAAUAUAAAAAAUCCCUUAUACUCAAACGCUAAUACCCAUAAAACGCUUAAAAAAGUUUUGAGCUGUUUCACCGAAGAAAUUACAAUUAUUACCAUUAAAACAAAAACAGAAUAAUUGGACAAGAUCAUAUUUGUAAGGAAAUUAUGAAAUUAUUCUUUAAUGGCAACAACCGAAUCUCUGAAGAUAAUAACUGAAGAUUAUUUAGUUCAAUAAUUAA